AGCCUCGACAGCUAUGGCGCAGAUGAGAGGUUUGCCAGGGCGUGACCUUAGGUGGGCAGCAGCUGCUGUGAGCACACCCAUUCCACAGCACUCACCGCAGCCCCCAGCCUCCAGGCAGUGGCCCCAGCCAUCCUUCCCUUAGCCACUCCUGUCCCCUGCCAGCAGGAGCCUCUGGCCUGGCCUCCACUCCCUGCUUGCCAUUCCCUGGCCUGGAGCCUGUCUCCUGCGGGGUCCCUCCAGGCGAGGCUGCCUGGGCUCAGGGUGGCUCUGGGCUCGGGUGUGCUGCCUGCCAGUGUGUAGCCAUCAGGAGGCUCUGGCUUCCCAGUUCCACAUCCCAGGCUCCCUUUCCUGGCCAUGACCAGAUGAGCUGCUGGGAAUCUGGACUGAGUGUGUUCCAACUUUGCCUUAGUUUCCCUAAGGAAGCUAAGAUAAUGCAAUGAUGGGCUAUUCCCUUUCUUCGCCCUAGUGUUAGCUGGGAGAUUCCCCUGUCAGCUCCCUGACGCAGGGCCUCCUGCCUGGGUUAGGGUCUGGCCCUGAUGACACAGUGCAGGCCACACCCUGGGUCACCUGCCUGGGAUGUCUCCCUGCCCCGGCAGGCAAGUGAAGGCUAGGGGGUGGCUAUUGGCGCUUGAUGAACUUAGCAAGAUAAUCCAGCCAUCGUCGCCUCCCAGAGCCUCCUGCCUUCUCUCGGGCUGCUGCCCAGUGGCUAGGGCCCAGCACCCCAGCUGGGUGGCCAUCUGCUGAUGUGCCAUCCUGCCUGCAGAUCUGGUGGCUGGAUCCAGAGCUGACCUAUGGCUGCGCCAAGCCCUUCGUCUUCACCCAGGGCCACUCCGUGUGCAACCGCUCCUUCUUCCCGUGCUUUGAUACGCCUGCUGUGAAGUGCACCUACUCUGCCGUCGUCAAGGCGCCAUCGGGGGUGCAGGUGCUGAUGAGUGCCACCCAGAGUGCGUACAUGGAGGAAGAAGGCGUCUUCCACUUCCACAUGGAACAUCCCGUGCCCGCCUACCUCGUGGCCCUGGUGGCCGGAGACCUCAAGCCAGCAGACAUCGGGCCCAGGAGCCGCGUGUGGGCCGAGCCGUGCCUCCUACCCACGGCCACCAGCAAGUUGUCGGGCGCAGUGGAGCAGUGGCUGAGUGCAGCUGAGCGGCUGUAUGGGCCGUACAUGUGGGGCAGGUACGACAUUGUCUUCCUGCCCCCCUCCUUCCCCAUCGUGGCCAUGGAGAACCCCUGCCUCACCUUCAUCAUCUCCUCCAUCCUGGAGAGCGAUGAGUUCCUGGUCAUCGAUGUCAUCCAUGAGGUGGCCCACAGCUGGUUUGGCAAUGCUGUCACCAAUGCCACGUGGGAAGAGAUGUGGCUGAGCGAGGGCCUGGCCACCUAUGCCCAGCGCCGCAUCACCACCGAGACCUACGGUGCUGCCUUCACCUGCCUGGAGACUGCUUUCCGCCUGGAUGCCCUGCACCGGCAGAUGAAGCUUCUGGGAGAGGACAGCCCGGUCAGCAAACUGCAGGUCAAGCUGGAGCCAGGAGUGAAUCCCAGCCACCUGAUGAACCUGUUCACCUACGAGAAGGGCUACUGCUUCGUGUACUACCUGUCCCAGCUCUGCGGAGACCCACAGCGCUUUGAUGACUUUCUCCGAGCCUACGUGGAGAAGUACAAGUUCACCAGUGUGGUGGCCCAGGACCUGCUGGACUCCUUCCUGAGCUUCUUCCCGGAGCUGAAGGAGCAGAGCGUGGACUGCCGGGCAGGGCUGGAAUUCGAGCGCUGGCUCAAUGCCACAGGCCCGCCACUGGCUGAGCCGGACCUGUCUCAGGGAUCCAGCCUGACCCGACCCGUGGAAGCCCUUUUCCAGCUGUGGACCGCAGAACCCCUGGACCAGGCAGCUGCCUCAGCCAGUGCCAUUGACAUCUCCAAGUGGAGGACCUUCCAGACAGCACUCUUCCUGGACCGGCUCCUGGAUGGGUCCCCGCUGCCACAGGAGGUGGUGAUGAGCCUGUCCAAGUGCUACUCCUCCCUGCUGGACUCGAUGAACGCUGAGAUCCGCAUCCGCUGGCUACAGAUCGUGGUCCGCAACGACUACUAUCCUGACCUCCACAGGGUGCGGCGCUUCCUGGAGAGCCAGAUGUCACGCAUGUACACCAUCCCGCUGUACGAGGACCUCUGCACCGGUGCCCUCAAGUCCUUCGCGCUGGAGGUCUUCUACCAGACGCAGGGCCGGCUACACCCCAACCUGCGCAGAGCCAUCCAGCAGAUCCUGUCCCAGGGCCUGGGCUCUAGCACAGAGCCUGCCCCAGAGCCCAGCACGGAGCUGGGCAGGGCUGAAGCAGACACAGACUCAGACGCACAGGCCCUGCUGCUUGGGGAUGAGGCCCCCAGCAGUGCCAUCUCUCUCAGGGACGUCAAUGUGUCUGCCUAGCCCUGUUGGCAGGCUGACCCUCGACCUCCCAGACACCACAAUUGUGCCUUGUGUGGGCCAGGCCUGCCAUGACUGCGCCUAUGGCUCUGGCCAUGAGCUCUGCCCAGGCCCACAAGCCCCUCCCCUGGGCUCUCCCAGGCAGGGAGAAUGGGGAGAGGGACCUCCUUGUGUCCGGCAGAGAUCUGUGGACCUGGCCUCCCCACUCCCAGCUCUCUUGCACUGCAGGCCCUGGGGCCAGCCCGCACACGCCAUGCCUCCUGUCUCAACACUGACAGCUGUGCCUAGCCCCGGAUGCCAGCACCUGCCAGGUGCUGCCCCUGGGGCAAGGGCCCCAGCAGCCCUACGGUGACCGCCACACUGUGCCUUACGUCUGCCAGGGGCCCGGGCUGUGCUGUGUCUGCGUCCCUGCAGCACGCCUCCUUGCAGGGAUCUGAGCCACCCUCCCCGCACAGCCCUGCACCCCGCCCCUGGGGUUGGCAGCCUCAGUUGGCCCCUGGCAGAGGAACAAGGACACAGACAUUCCCUCAGUGUGGGGGCAGGGGACACAGGGAGAGGACAGUUGUCCCUGGGGAGGGCCCCCUGGCCCCAGGCAACCUUAGCCCCUCAGAACAGGGAGUCCCAGGACCCAGGGGGAGUGUGGGGAGCCUGUCUCUUGUGGCUUCCUGGGGUGGGAGGCAGAUGGGCACAGCAAUACCCUAGGGAAAGUGGGAGGUGGUGCUGGUGCUCUCUCUAGGCCCACCAUGCUGGGAGAGGCGGAUGGGGCCUGGGGCUCCAGCCUGGGACUGCUGCGAUGGGGUAUCACGGUGAUGGUCCCAUUAAAACUUCCACUCUGCAAACCUGA